UGUACCUCAAACGAAAGAUCUUGCAAAUUUAGUGUAUAAAAUAUAUUCCUACAACCGAGUUCUGACAAAUGAAUUAAGUCCAAAAUUAGCUGCAGUAAUAACUUUGUCAUUUACUCUCUCACCAUGUCUCUUUCUAUCGUUCUAGUUCUCUCUCUCUCUCAUAAAUACAGUCUUUAUCUCUCUUUCACACUCUCUCUAUAUCUCUAUCUUCCUCUCUCUCUCUUAUAAAUAUGCACACUCUUUUUCUCUCUCGCUACGUCCGUAUGUCUCUUUCUAUCUGUCCCUCUCAUAAAUAUACACACACUCUCUAUCGUUCUCUCUCUUUCUCCAUGUAUAUAUGAUAGCUAUUUCCCGGCACUUCAUGAACGAUUCCAUUAACUCGUAGCUUCGUGGUGCUAUCCUAUCUAAAUCUCUUGUUAACCCCAUACCAAAUGCUAUCAUCUUUUGUGCUAACUGAACAGUCCAUUACAACCUCUUGAAGAGUUUCCACCAGAAAGUCUGCUUCCAGCCAUUUGUUGAGGUUGCAGAGUUUUCAACCAACACAACAUUCAUCAAUCACACCAGCAUUUCCUCUUAUGCAAAUAGCUAUUUUGUGUCAUUUAGGAAGAAUCCUGUUUGCAACAAGCAUUCAAAUUGUCCAAAGAAAAUAUACCUAUAUCACAUUUGUUCUACAAUUUGUAAACAGAAGUCUGUGAUAUCUGAGACCAGCAACAGAACUGUAAUAGUUUAACUCACAUUUAUCAGUUUUUCAAAACUUCCUCAAGAAUUAAUAUGGAGAACGUUAAUCACUUGGACACUCCAAACAAUGUUUUUAAUGACAGAGAUACAGAGACAGGCAGAGAUGAGAAAGCUGUACAUAGUGAAACAUUUAUCAAACAAGAGCCAUUGUACAGGGAUGUUCCUGAAUUUAGCUGUGAGAUUUGUAAGGAAACUUUUCCUUCAGAACAAGAAGUUUUAACACACAAAGAAAUGCAUUCUGGAGAAAAACAGUUUCAGUGUGGAAUAUGUGAGAAAUCUUUCAGUCAAAAUUCUCAUCUUGCUAUCCACAUACGUAGUCACACCAAAGGAAAACCAUUUAACUGCCAAAUCUGUGAGAAAUCCUUCAGUAGUAGGUCUCAUCUUGCAGCUCAUGUGCGAAUACAUACUGGAGCGAAAUCAUUUUACUGUGAUAUAUGUGGCAAAUCGUUUAUCACUAACAGUCACUUGAAAAGACAUAAACAAAUACAUGGAGGAGAUAAACUGCAUCAAUGUGAAGUGUGUGGGAAGACGUAUAUUGAUUAUUCACAAUUGAUAAUUCACACACGUAGUCACACUGAAGAAAAGCUGUAUCAUUGUAAUAUAUGUAACAAAUCUUUUGAUAAAAAGAGUAAUUUAACAGAGCAUGAAAGAAUUCACACUGGAGAAAAGCCAUUUCACUGCGAAAUAUGUGGGAAAUCCUUCACUGAUAAUCCUAAACUUGUCGCUCACAAAAAAAUCCACUCGGGUGAAAAACCAUUUCACUGUCAAAUCUGUGAGAAAUCCUUCAGUAAUAGGUCUUAUCUUGCAGUUCAUGUGCAAAUACAUACAGGAGAGAAACCAUUUUACUGUGAUAUAUGUGGCAAAUCGUUUAUCACUAACAGUCACUUGAAAAGACAUAAGCAGAUACAUGGAGAAAAUAAACUGCAUCAAUGUGAAAUGUGUGGGAGGAAAUAUAUUGAUUAUUCACAGUUGAUAAUUCACAGGCGUAGACACAAUGGAGAAAAGCCCUAUCAUUGUGAAAUAUGUGAGAAAUCUUUUGGUAAAAAGAGUAAUUUAACAGAACAUGUAAGAAUUCAUACAGGAGAAAGCCCAUUUCACUGUGAAAUUUGUGGGAAAUCUUUUACCAAAAAUUCACAUCUUGUAGUUCACGAAAGAAUCCACACUGGAGAAAAACCUUAUCAGUGUGAAAUCUGUGGGAAGGCUUUUGUCUCUAAAAGUGAUCUAAACAGACAUAAAAAGAUUCAUACAAGACAGAAGACAUAUAAAUGUGAUAUAUGUGAUGAAUAUUUUGUCUGUAAUCGUUAUUUAACAAAUCACAAAAGAAUACACGCUGGAGAAAGCAUCUUUCAUUGUGAAAUAUGUGAGAAAUCAUUUAUCACUGAGAGUCUUUUAAAAAAACAUAAACAAAUACAUUCUGAAGGGAAAUCUGCUGAAGAGGAGACUUGAAAAAUUGUUCUGUUUAUCUUUUACUGGCUUCAGUUAUUAGACAGCAGCCAUGCUGGAGCAACACCUUCAAGAAUCUUAGUCGAACAAAUUGACCUCAGUACUUUUUUUUUUUUGUUAACCAUGGUACUAAUUAUGUUGGUCUCUUUUUGCUGAACCACUAAGUUAUGGGGAUAUGUACACACCAACACCAAUUUUCAAGCAGUGGUGAUGGGACAGACACAAAGACACAUACAAAUAUAUAUAUAUAUAUAUAUAUCCAAAAAUGAUUUCAAAGGGAUAUGUAAUCCAGGCAGUUACCAUGUUUCCUCUUAAAUCGGUUUUGUAUGCUGGCUAACCACAGUGAAUGUUGUUGAUACCCAAAUUAGCAAUAAGUUGCUAGACUCUGGUAAUUUUUCUCACUUGGUAAAUCCAAGUCUUCUAUCCAGUACUGCAUAGUUUCCAUAGAGUAAGUAAUAGUAUUAAUAAUGAUCAGGGGAAUGAAGAUUUGCCACAUCUAUAAUUUUAUUAAACAGUUAUUUACAGCAUUCUUUUGUGGACCUACAUGCAUUUCGACUGCACACUGUUAGAUGUGCAUCCUGGGCGUUAUUGUCAGUAUAGUUUUAUCAGAGCCCAUUGUUUACUGCCAUUCAACGUUAAGCUGGCAUGAGAAACAUGGAUUGGUGCUGGACUGAUAGACAGCCUUGGGACUUUGGUUUGCACUGGCACUCCCUUAGGUUGGCCCCAGAUGGUGGCCUGAGUGUUCCUAUAGCAUCUUGGUAGGUGCAAUCCUGGUUGAAUGGCCUUCAUUCCUGAGGAAACUACGAAUACAAAAAUGAGUCUGCAGCAAAUCCACAAUACCAUACAGCUGUCAGGCACUGUAAAACCAGUGGCUCUGGGGAUAAGGAAGGGUCUCCAUGUCAGCCCCAAUCAUGCCAAGGUGAAGAACGACCAACUUACUCCUGAUCAGGGAAUAACGGAUCCUGACACCAGUGUCCCAUCGUCGCUGAUCCUACAUAAGGGACAGGCCGGGCCAUUUUGUUCUCGAUUAUGAUUCCCAUUCUCUAGUUCUUCAGGGUAAUCAACUCCCUGACAAUCUUGCUGUGGAUCCUUUUGCUGAUAUCAGGCUCCCCACGCAUGUCCCCUCCUCACUGAAUGAGGACAGUGUGCCCACUGGCGAUCCUUCAGGAAGUGAUGUGACCCUCAGCCCAUCAAUGGACAACUUCACCCUCGAGAUUCCAUGCAUAUUGAUCUUGUUGCUAUGCCCACUCUGCCCUCAACACCUCUUAAGUCCCAUUGCCUAGAGUCUCCACUUAAUGGACAGGCACAAUAAGAAGCCUGUUUAUCGAUGCAGCCUGUGUAGCAGAGAAAGCAGCCACUUACACUCAAUUAGGUGCCACAUCGCCAAGUGCAGGGGCAGCACUGAUUUUGAAGAUCCCAACACCCCACACUUACCAUGUCCCUGUGAAGUAUGCAAUUAGACUAUUGCAGCACAAGCAUUACCAGUAUCCUGUGCAGUUGAACUGGCACAAAAGAGAGGGAAUCAUGCUAGACUUGCAAGGGCUAUUGGGCAAGCCCCCCAGAGGUUGUUGGAUGGAAGAGGAAGUCAAUCCUCCUCGAGAAGGAGAAGGAACUGCUGGAGGCUGAGUGCAAAAGUGUCAAUGUGGCCAUCACCCCCUUUCUGCCUAAUAAAGCCAUCAUACAGAUCAGAUCUAAAAGAACUGACCUGGUACACUGAAAGCAUAAGAGACAGUGUCCACUACCACCAGUACCAUGACCAUUGCCACCUGAUUCAAGCCACGAUGCAUAGGAAUCCAUUCGAUGCCAGGAAUGCAUACAAACACCGACAUGUGAAGCUCCAUCAAUACGUGCGAUUUCAGAACUUCGAAUGGCAGUAAACAAUGGGCUCUAAUGAUACUGCACUGACCAUAACACCAGGAAAUGCAUCUAACAGUGUGCAGUUGAAAUGCGUGUAGGUCCACAAAAGUAUGCUGUAAAUAAUAUAAGAAAAACUAAUAUUAGAUUAUCCUGUAAACCCAAGAUUAAUAAAAAUCAAUUCACAAUUAUAAUUAUCCCCAUAGUGAUAAAAGCACAAUUAAUAAACAUAAUGAUAUGAAUAAUCAAAUUAUUACCUCCAAUACCAACACCACUGUUUAUCCAUAUAAUGCUCUGAAUAAUAAUAUGAAACCACAUACUCAUUUCAUCAACUCUAACAAAUCUAAAAGGGAUUACAACAUACCUAUAAAUAACAGUCACCCUGAAAAAUGUAAUAAAAUUUGGUUAAUUAUUUCACAUGCAAUGCAAAUUAAAAAUAACAUUGUUAAAUCUAUAUUUAAGGUCAUAGAUGUGGAAAAUCUCCUUUCUCCUGAUUAUUAUUAAUUAAUUAUAUAAUUUCAGUCUGCUAUAAUGAAUUCAUAACCUCAUAUAAAACAUCCAAGAAUAUAUUUUUGUUUUUUCCCCCUAUGAAGAUAUGCUCAGGUCAUAUGAAUAUAAAUUUGAUAUUUACUGAAACAGCUGUAAGUGAAGAUGAUUAAUUUGCUGUUAAUAAUAAACAAUUAUUAACUUCCCAAUCUCCAUUUUCUUUUCUUCUUUUAUAUGAAUAGAGACAAUAUGUUUUUAUAUAUAUAUAUAUAUAUAUAUACACCUAUUAUUUUAAGAAAAUUAAUUCCUCAAAAAUACUAAGUAUUGGACCAGUAUUUCCUUGAAUGAAACCAUCUCUUCACAAGGUUAACAACCGCUAAUUGAAUUUAAUAAUUAACUUUUAUUUAUUGCUCUAGUAAUAUAUAUAUAUAUAUAUAUAUAAAAGGUCUAUACUGGUGGCAAAAUGGAGAUAAUUAAAACUGAUACAUCUUUAAAAGAUAUGUCUAUAUCACCUAAGAAUGUUUAUAUGAAGGAGCUAAUAUCAAAAACCAAUGAAUUCAUCCGCAGACUCAGAUGGCGAGCCUUGUACUUUGAUGAUAAACAAGAUACACAAAAUAUAAACCCCAAUAGUAAAAUGGAGAAAAUAUCUAGAAACUUCAAAACCAAGAAAACCCUGUAACCACCUUGAUCAUUUGAACAAGAACUUUGGACCACCAUCAAAAAUACUAAGUUUAUCAAACACCCACUUAGAAGAAAUACACACCAAAGAAAACUCAAGGAUUUAUUACAAAACCUAAAAUCCAAGGACGGAAUUAUUGUGCAUUCAGAUAAAACUAAUAAUGUAUAUAACCUUAGCAUAGGUACAUAUGACCUACUAGAAAAUGAAAUCACAAAGAAAUGCAAAAUAGUAAACAAAAAUGUGCUUAGAACCAUUAAUUUAGAUGCAAAAGAAAUCGUGUCUGAAUAUCGCAUUGAUGAUAAAACUGAACCAUUCAUACCUACCAGACCUCAGAUAACACUAAAAGGUCAUAAAGACAACUUCCAAACCAACUCUAAAGUUUGAUUAAUAUGCCCUGGUAAGUCCGACCUAGGUAGAUUAAGCAAAAUAAUGCUAGAUAAAUAUGUACCCAUACUUAGAAAUAAAACAUCUGUUGAACUAUGGUCUAACACUCAAGAUGUUAACUGGUUUAAUGAAAUUCCAAACAAGGAUAAACAAAUUCUUACAAAUAGACAUUUCCAAUUAUUUCUCUGUCAACCCUAUCGUACUAAACAGUCCCCUUUUUGUAAAAAAAAUAUACUAACCUUAGUAUGAAUGAAAUUAAUGUUAUCCUAAUGGCUCAUAAAUCUAUAAUCAAUUUUGUCAAAUUUUGGGCUAGAAAAGACACUCCUAAUUGUUUUGACAUUACAAUGUGUGCCAUGGAUUCCACCCAAUUGACAUCUUGUUGGAAUCGAUCUUCUUUUUGGCCUGCAUGAUGAAUUUUCAGAAAUUAGGGGUGGAUUAUAUAGGGAUGAUGCACUUUUCACUAUAGAAAAUGCAUCUAACAGGAAAUUAGAGUUACUCAAAAGAUUUUACAAAUUUUUCAAAAAGCACAGACUUUCUAUCUCUAUUGAGAAGGAUAAUAAUUCAGUUACUUUAAUCUAACAACCUGAUUGCAUGAACCUUUCCACAAAUUAAAUUCUAAUUUAAGCUACAUUAACUUCCAAAGUAAUCAUCCAAGAUAAUUAAAAAUGCAUUAUCUUCCAACAUUGGUAAGAAACUAACCUAUUUAUCUUCUAAUGAAGAAAUAUUUAAUAGAUGUGGAAAUAGAGAUAAAAUAAAGUCUCGAUCAAACAGCAAAUAUAAGUAAAAGUAAACAUAUAACUAGUAAUCCACAUACUUAUAAACCAGCAAUUGAUAAUGAGAACAAACCCAAAAUUAAUUCAAAGCAACUUCACAAUAGCAAACAUAACAUAAGAAAAACUGAUAUCAAAAUUAUCUUAACUCAAGAUUAAUGAAAAACAGUCAAUUAUAAUUAUCUCCACUGUGAUAAAAGCACAAUUAAUAAACAUAAUGAUAUGAAUAAUCAAAUUAUUACCUCUGAUACCAACACCACUGCUGAUCCAUAUAAUGCUCUGAAUAAUAUGAAACCACAUACUUAUUUCAUCAACUCUAACAACUCUAACAUACCUAUAAAUAACAAGCACCCUGAAAAAUCUAAUAAAAUUUGGUUAAUUAUUUCACAUGCAAUGCAAAUUAAAAAUAAUUGUUAAAUCUAUAUUUAAGGCCAUUCAUAAAUAUUUUAACGCUGAUAAUAGAUAUAAUGAAAUCAUAAACCACAAAACCAUCAGGAUUGGUUUUAGCCUAACUACUGACUUAUUUACAAUUUUAUCAUCAGUUAACAACAGAAAAUUAAAUGAAUUCUACACCAAUAGAAAUACCCUUCUACUAAUUCUCCUAAACUUAAACUAUAUCUCCCAAACUCCACCAACUCUAAUAAUAAUGGCCACAUAAUUCCUAAUGUGGGAAGUGUAAUAACCCAUAUUAACUUCAUUAAUAUCAAUUUUUCUAAUAAUACACACAUAAUAACAUUUAUGAAAAUUGUGACUGUAGAGAUGGAACUAAUUGUAAAUUUAAGAAGUCAUGUAAGGAAGAAAUGUAGUCUAUCACUGCACAGUUGAAGCUCUGGGGAAAAAACAUUUUUACAUAGGGUCCACCAAGAAUAAAGUAAAGACUUGUGUGUCUAACCGUCUCCAAUCCUUUAAAAUAAACAGAAAAUUAAACUCCACCAGAUUCAGUAAAUUUAUGUGGGAGUUAAAAGAUAUUGAAUUUGAAAUUAAAUGGGAUGUCAUUGCUUCAGCAAUGGCUUGUAAAAUCAAUUACAAGAAAUGUAAUCUAUGCAUCACAGAGGCCUUCCAUAUUCUCAGAAUGCCCUGAAAAGAGAAAAAUAUUUCUUGUAUUCAUACAGGAAAAUGUGUUCUCUAAAUUUAAGUAAUUAACAAAUAUAUGAUUAAACUAUCAAAUAGUAUAACUAUACUAUAUAAUAUAAUGUAAUAUAUAACAUAAAUAACUGUUUGACAUUAAAAUGUGCCUCUCACUGAAAAAUUUGUACAAUUCCUUUAAUUCUUCAACUCCACUAAUAUAAUUCCCUUCCUCCCAAACUUUUACUUAACUAUACUACUAAUAAUAACAAUGACUAUAACCAUUACAUCUAAAAUUAUUAUUGCACCCAUUGCCUCACAUAAAUAACCACCUUUACAUAUUCUUAGUAACCAUUUACUAACAUUUGAACAUACACACUUGGUAACAUUUAAUAACUGUCUGACUAUUGUUUACCUCCUUGCCUUACAUUAAUAACCACAUUUACACACAUUAUCAACAUCUUAAUACCUUUUAAACUACUUAUUCAGAAGUGGUUGUAAUUUACUUAGUGAAUUUAUUUCUCGAUACGGUUGUACAAAGAGUAAAUGUGUUUGAAAAUUGUGGUUUCUUUGGUUUGUUUGUUCCCCAACAGCAUUUAUUUUAGUGCUGUUGACACUGCCGGAUUCAAUGGUACUGCCCAAGUGUCAAGACCAUAAUGAUAUUCAGGGGACAGCUGAUGAUGGAGGUAUGUUGGUUUGAUGGUAUGGCUGUUUUUGUAUCUGUGGAAUAGUAUUAUAACACAUCCUUUUGAGAUAUAUAUAUAUACACCAAAUGGAACUAUACUCCAAGUACUUUUUCUUCUUUGUUCUUUCUUCUACGCAUCGCUCUCACUUCUUACUACAAAUCUCCUCUUAUAGAUGUAAUAAUCCAUUCUACUAUUACCGUCUCCAAUGAAGGGAUACAUUGGAUUUUCCCUGAAACAGCUGUAAAACUUUAUACAUAAAAUAUAAUUCUACCUUU